CUAAUAAAGGCGAUGAAGAUCCUAUCGACUCGCCAUCUAUGGAUGUAUCUGAGGAGGAAGAAGAAGAAGAAAUAGACUCUGACGAAGGUGUUUCUGACGGGGAAGAAAAUGCGCACUUGGAAGAGGAAAUAGUGGAUAUAGACUUUGACUUUUUUGACCCAAAACCGAUAGAUUUCCACUCAAUAAAAAAUUUGGUGAUUCAAUUAUUUUCCGCGGAUGCUGAACUAUUUUGCAUUAGCGAACUCACUGAACUGAUUAUUAGUCAACCAUUAUUGGGUACCACUGUAAAAGUUGAUGGUGCGGAUUCAGAUCCCUAUGCAGUUCUUACAGUUUUGAAUAUGAAUGAACAUUCAAAAAAAUGUAUAAAAGAUCUAGUUACAUAUUUAUUAGACAAGACAAAACAAGAUUCAGUCUUAAAUGACAAACUUGAUACGUUAUUAAAAAAAGAUUCCAUAGAACAUGUUGGAUUAAUAUUAAGCGAAAGAUUAAUUAACAUGCCAGUACAAAUUGUACCGCCUAUGUAUAAAAUGUUGCAAGAGGAAAUUCAGUGGGCUGUUGACGAUGUAAGCAUAAAGGCCACAUGA